CGGACUUUAACGUCUAAUAACUUUUUGCUUGGCCACGUUUUCGUGGCGAGCGAGCCGAUGAGGGAAGGGUUGGGGAGCCGCGGGAGACCCCGCGGGCGAUGGGUCACCACAUACGUCGCAUGGAGCCUUCUGUUCACGUCCCCGUUGCUGGUUUGGUCCCUAAUGCGAGCGAGGGUUCGCAGAUGGAUGCUGAGAACUAUGCUGUCCAUAUGCCUUCCGGUCCUCAAGUUUUCCGCGCGAGCUCUCGGGCUCACCAAGACUGAGAUGGACCCGAACGCGAGGACCAUCGAGGAUCCGGUGCGCGCCCGCCCCGAUUUCACCCCGAUACUGACGCUCCUCCACCUGCGAAGCACCCGCUCCCCUCGUCCCCUCUCGUGCACGCUCUGCCCCUUGCUCCGUAACGCAUGCUGACUCGGACGUCACUUUCCACGCGUCGCCUCACGCGUCAUCCUCCUCAUCUUCCAGGACUUACCGGUGUGGCUCGCGGGGGUGAGCUCCCUGGAGGGCGCGGAGAGGCGCGCGGGCAAGGAACUCUGGGAGUGGUGGCUCGACGCCCUCUCCUUCCGGCCCGACAGCGCCGGCAGACUGCACGUUCGCCAGACGUUGAAACAUCCCGAGGUGCAGAAAAAAAUCCACGCCCUGUUCGAGGCGUUGGACGUGCACUCCGCCGGGUCGUUAGACGCGGAGGCCGUGGUGAGGUUUAGCGAAGGGAUUCAGGGUACGGUGCGCGUGCUGCUGGAUCAGAGGGAACCGCGUUGCGUGAUCACCAUACCCCCCGCGACAGCCGCGGAGCACGACUUCCUCGUGAAUAAUUUCCCGAUUCUGUUCCCUCCGGAGCAUCCGCUAGACUUUCGCGCGUUUCAGAGCCUCGCCAAGCUGGUGCUGGUCAGGCGGAUCGUCAAGGCGCUGGUGACGCACCACGGUCUGUACAGAGUGCAGCGGGGAAUGCGCGCGCCCAUCGUCGUGG